GUGGGAAUUGUCGGUGGCGGGAUCUCGGGGCUUACUUAUGCCUACUUUCUCGGUAAGUUGCGGCCGGAUCUCAAAAUCAGUCUGUACGAGAAGUCGGCCAGAUGCGGGGGCUACAUCAGAUCGAAACGGCUUGGCACCACUGAAUACGAUUCCCGCGCCAACCAGGACUACACCAUUCUGGAGAAAGGACCGCGCACCCUCCGCGGAGAAAGUCCCGGCGUUUUGCUGAUUCUGGACCUGCUCUUCAAAUGCAAUGCCCAGAACGAACUCCUUGGCAUCUCGCGAAACUCAUUGGGUAAUAGAAAAUAUUUACUGAGUCCCUACUCUGACACAGAGGGCCAUUCGGGGAAAUUGAGUCCUGUUCCGUACUCGUUCUCUUCCUUUUUGCGGUUUCUGUUCGACCCGCUCGGCAAGGGUGUUUUGUUUGGCCUGCUCAAGGAGCCUUUUGUGAGGUCCAAAUCCACGCCUGACGAGACGGUGGAGCAGUUCGUCUCGAGGAGGUUCAACAAAUCUGUGUCCGACAACGUUGUGAGCGCCAUUAUGCAUGGGAUUUACGCGGGAGACGUUUCUCAACUAAGUGCUGUCAGCGUGCUGUCGCGGCUGGUGGACAUUGAGCGCCAGCACGGGUCGAUCGUCCGCUACGGCGUGUCGCAGCUGCUGCAGAGUCUGAAAAAACAGACCCCCAAUCAGCUUGCGCCCGAGGUCGAACUGUACGCGAAGGUGUUCAGGCCGGCAUUCAACGUGUCGAAGACGGCCCGAUUCCUGCGCAAAUUCCCCGUGCUCACCAUGCACGACGGUCUCGAGUCGCUGGUGACGGUGCUCGAGAAAAACCUGCCUCGCAACGUGUCUGUGCACACAAACACGGCGGUGCGAGGUGUGGCUAAGAAGGACAACGGGCUAGAGCUGACGCUUUCGACGGGCGAAAUGGUGCGCGUGGACCAUCUACGUCUCACUGUGGACGCCCGGGCAGCAGCUGCGGUGCUGCAGAACGCGGAGAUCGGCGCUCUGGUGGCUCCCGUGGAGUACGCGACGGUUGUGCUGGCAAACGUGUAUUUGCCCGCUUUGAAGCUGCUGUCGCACCCCGGAUUUGGCUUUCUGGUGCCCAAGACGAUGCAGGACGAGACUCAGCUGCUAGGAGUGAUUUUCGACAGCGACAUCGAGCAGAACUCGAGACGGCUAUUUUUCUACAACGACGCCGUGGCCAACAGGGGUGCCGCGAUCACAAACUCAUACACGAAGCUGACGCUGAUGCUGGGCGGGCAUCAGCUCAAGAACGGCGAUGACCUGCCGACGCGGUCCAGAGUGCACAAGAUCGUGCGUGAUGUGCUACUAAGCAAGCUUCAUAUCGAUCUGGACAAGUGCAACGGGACAGAGGUGAUUGAGAUUGAGUACUGGAGGGACGCGAUUCCACAGUACCGUGUUGGCCACGAGGAGAUGGUGAGCAAAGUGGUCGGGGCGGUCCGGCAUGAAUUCGGAGACAGUGUGACGCUGGGCGGAACAACGUUUGGCGAUGGCGUGGGGGUUCCGGACUGUGUGGUGCGGUCGUUCAAGGACGCGUACGCUAUGACG